CACAGCACAGAGAGCAUUUGCAGAAGGGUGGUGUUUUGAUUACAAGCCAAGCUAGAUGAUGUAUUCUGGGACGCGCCUUAAAGGUAGGAUAAAGGGAAGAUAAUGGGGCCGGACACUGUUAAAACUAGAGGUUUUGGAAGGAGAUUGUCAGUUUGUCACUGAAGAGAAGAUUUUGCAAGAAGCUGGAUCUGGAGCUGCUAUGACAGAGAGAGAGAGUAUCUCGAUCUGGAACGAGCUGGCAUAUGGGGAGGUGAAAGGCCGGGUCGGGUAGGGAGAUUGGAUUCGUCCUCCGGUUCCGGAGCUGCCAUGGCAGAGAGAGAGAGAGAGAGAGAGAGUAGCUAGAUCAGGUACGAGCUGGCAUACGGGGAGGCAAAGGGCUGGGUCGGGCAGGGCGAUCGGAUUCGUCCUCCGAUUCCGGAGUUGCCAUGGCAGAGAGAGAGAGGAUCGGGGAAUCAGAGGAUGAGAGAGAGAGUGUGUGGCAUGGUAGUAAGUUUUUUAAUUAGGUUGAGGGCAGGAUAGUUAUUUUAUUUUACAUUUAGUUAAUAGGAAUAAAAAUUUGUUAUUGGAGUAGUGGGAUAAUUUUAGCUUGGUGUUUUGGGUUCUAGGAGCCUAAUUCCAAUUUGUAAAGUCACCCUAAUUCCAAUUUGUAAGUCAAUUGUUGAAUAUUAACGUACUGGACUACUGGUGACUGGUUGAAAGGGAAGUAAUUGCAUCUAAAAAAUACACAUGGAAAGGGAUUUGAAAGGGAUUUCCCUGUUGCGUAAAUAGUACGAGACCGAGACUUUUCAAUUCAAACAUGGCAACACUAGUCGAGACGAGUUCAUUUGAACUGCAAUAGAAAAAGUAUCCGCAACGAAAUUUCCUUGGUGAAAUUAGACCUAUAUCAAAUUAAGAGCCCAAAUGAUCAUUGAAAGACAACCUAAGUAUACGUACUGCUCUUUGUGUGCGAAUCCAAAAUUCCUGAUCCCUCUCCAUGGGGAAAAGGAGCUUCUCCUUAUUGUGUGCUCGGGUUUCAAUUGUAUCCUUUAUUGUUCUUGGAUUAUCUGGUAAUACUACUACUUGUAAUGCUGCUUCUUCCUCCAGCAACAUCCAUAAAAGUACUAUUCCGGGAGAUAACGAUAAGUGUGUCCCUUCUUCUUGCGGCGAUCUCCAAAACAUAAGCUACCCUUUUCGACUAGAACAUGAUCCAAGCUAUUGUGGCGAAUCGAGUUUCACCUUGAACUGCGACAACAACGUCACGAUGUUGCACCUAUAUUCUGGAAAGUACUACGUGAAGGCCAUUGACUACGAUAACACAACAAUCCGACUGGUAGAUCCUGGCCUUGAGAAGAACAAUUGCACUUCCCUUCCUCGUUUUCCUUUGGGCAAAUAUAAUUUCAGUCUUAUGGAUACAUACCAGCCAUUAAAUAUUUCAGCUCCACCAGCUGUAACUUUCUUGAACUGUGCAAAGCCCAUGAAUUCUUCUCUGUAUGUGGACGCUGCACAAUGUGUUAAAUCAGAAGCGUACAGUUAUGUGAUGCUAGGCGGUACCAAGGUGGCGGAUUUGGAGCCCGGGUGUAGCAUAGUUUGGAUGACUAUGAUCAGUGUUUCCAAUCCGUUCUGGGGAAAGGGAAAGGACCAAAACGUUCAAGACAUACACAACCAACUUGUCUAUGGCUUUGAGCUUCAAUAUCAUGAUAUUGUUUCUUCAAGAGCGCAGUGGUGUCUCGAUGAGCAUACAUGUUUCACACGCAGCAUCGAAGGUUUAUUUCAAAUUCUAGGGGAGCUGAUUUUGUAUCUUUUCUUUCUCCCAGUUUCUUCUUUUGAAGAUGAUCAAUUCUGCAUUGCUAUCAUUGCAAAUGUUGUAAUGGUAAAAUUAAUAUUUGGAGGUCCAUUCGUGAUUGCACUUUUGAUCCAUAAGUGGCGAAGAAGACAUCGGUCGACCUACAACACCAUAGAAGAUUUUUUGCAUAGAGAUAAUUUUAUGCCUAUAAGGUACUCUUACUCGAACAUUAAGAAAAUGUCUAACGGAUUCAAGGAUAAGUUAGGGGAAGGGGGUUAUGGGUCGGUAUUUAAAGGAAAGUUACAGAGCGGCCACUUCGGAGCCAUUAAGUUGUUAGGUAAGUCUAAUGCUAAUGGGGAAGAUUUCAUGAGUGAAAUAACUACUAUCGGAAGAAUUCAUCAUGUUAAUGUGGUGCAGCUUGUUGGUUAUUGUGUCGAGGGUUCAAAGCGCGCUUUAGUAUAUGAUUUCAUGCCAAAUGGGUCCCUUGAUAAAUACAUUUACUCUAAACAAGGAUCCAUCACUUUAAGUUACAAGAAAAUGUACGAGAUUGCAGUUGGAGUUGCUGAGGGUAUUGAAUAUUUGCAUCAAGGUUGUGAAAUGCAAAUUCUGCAUUUUGAUAUCAAGCCUCAUAAUAUUCUACUUGAUGAGAAUUUUAUCCCAAAGAUUUCUGACUUUGGGCUAGCGAAACUAUAUCCAGCUAAUCAUAGCAUCAUCCCUUCAAUUGCAGCAAGAGGCACCAUGGGAUACAUUGCUCCCGAGUUGUUUUAUAAAAACAUUGGUGGUGUUUCAUACAAAGCUGAUGUCUAUAGUUUUGGAAUGUUAUUGAUGGAAAUGGCAAGCAGAAGGAAAAAUCUAAAUGCACAUGGAGAUAACUCAAGCCAACUUUACUUCCCCACAUGGGUGCUUGAUCAAUAUAAUGAUGGUAAGGACUUGGAGGUUGGCGAUGCUACAGAAGAGGAAAAGAAAUUAAUUAAAAAAAUGAUUGUAACUGCCUUGUGGUGUAUUCAAGUAAAACCAAGUGACCGACCUUCAAUGAAGAGAGUCACACAGAUGCUCGUAGCAGAUGUUGAACACCCAGAAAUGCCGCCGAAGCCUUCUCUAUGCCCACAACCAAUGCCUGUAAGCAAUUUGAUUCCAAUAUGUUCAAAUGUGGAGCUAACAUGCACUCUUUCAGCUAGGUGAUGAUCAGCUAGCUACCAUUCACUAUACUUUGUCUAGCUUUGCAGAUUACUGUAGUAAUGAAAGAUGAACUGCCAAUGCAGUUCAAAUAAUGUAUUUCUCUUUUACUAUGCUCCCUCAUAGUUUCUGUAUGUGCCAUGUAACUUUGAUAUUACUAUCAUACCCUGUAAAUCAAUUAUUUGCAACUAAAUCUCUUCUUUUUAUUUUAGGAAAUUUUUUAAA